GUGAAAGAAUCCUUCUUCUUCGUCGUCUUCUCCCCCGAUCAUCUCAAGUUUCUCCGGCGAGGAUCAAGAAGAAUGGAUAGAAGUGAAAUUAUCAAUCAGUUCUUGAAGUUACGUGAGUCUUUUGCAAAGAAAGAUUACAAACUCUGGGUGGAUCUCUGGCCCGCUUUCGAAAUGAACUUUAAAGACUUCGUGGGAAGGCAUGGGAGUACACCUCUCCCUGACCCUGACUAUGACUUUUUUGAGGGGUUUGAGCCCACUGAUACAGAAGAAUUAGUAGCAGAGUUUGCAAGCGCUUCAUUACUACUACCUUCUCCUGUUAACAAGGCCCCACCACCACCACCUGUUAAUGAUUCAGCAGCAGCACCAGAUGGUAUAUCUCAACGACUCUCUGAAGCGCAUAGACUAGCUGAAGAAGCAUUUGUCAUGGUCAACACAUUGUCCCUCGAUGGUUCCAUCAGGCUCAACAGAGACUCGGUUGCACAUCUAGAAGGCUGUCAAACCAAUAUCACAGCAGCAACAGAAGCUCUACAAUUGGCGACUAAUCUUCUUUCAGAAGCCCGAAGUAUAUCAAGCAAGAUGAGUCGUUAACUGAUCUUCUAAGUGAUUUGUGAUUUGUGAUUUGUCUCUAUCUGGUGUAAUAUUUGACUUCACUGGCUAUCGUAUAGUUGACACAUCUAGUGUAAUAUUGACCGAAAGAACGUUUUGAAUCCGGCUACUCUCUUAACAUUUUGCUUUGGGUUUGUACAUAUAUUCACUUCUAUCUGUUACCAUUU